UCUGCUAUUGAAGGUAAGUAAACAAGUUAUUGCCGCGAAACUCUCACAGUCAUUUGCUUUGCCAGCUAAAUUUCAGAACUAAAACAGCCAUUUUUAAAACUUUUCUAUUGAAAAUUAAUUAAAUUUAGUUGUUAAAAUGCCACAUGCGUUGAGUGUUAAUAAGUUGUCUGAGAUGUGUGUAGACUUUAUUAAAGACAACAUGGGCGAAUUUUGUAAAAUGUCGGCAUUGAGGCGUCCGACCGGCGUGGACGCUUUCAAUUCAGAAAACAGUCAAAGUCCGUUUGAUUCACUGCCUUCAGUAAUUUUAGAAGGAAUUAUAAGGCAUCUAACACAGAAUAACCAGCUAAAGGAACAGUACUUGGAGUUGCUUAUAACUCCACACCUUCGUACAUUAGAUUUCUCCAUGUGUGAUAAAAAUUCUAUUUCUGGUCUUCUGCGUCUUGCCUCAAGAAAGUGCCCACACCUGAGAUCUUUAUGGCUAGGACGUCUUGGUUACUUCCUAGGCUGCUUGAAUUUUAUUCCAAAGUUUAUGCAUCUGCAAGUGUUGGACAUUUCAGGUUCGGCAACAGCAGAUAGUCUGUUGCAUCUUCUUGGAACCUACUGUGCAGACUUAAGGGAAUUGCACAUAGAUGAUAGUUUAGUAUCAGAUGCUGGCAUCCAUGGCUUAUGCGUAAUUGGAAAAUGUAAAUCUAUCCAGAUACUGAACCUAAAUGAAACCAAUGUGACAUGUAUUGGAACCACGAUGGCCCUUAAAAACCUGCCUGUUCUCAAGGAACUGCGACACGAUUCCAUUGUUGAAACCUUGGCCUAUUUACACCGAUCGGCGUUGAGAGAAGAUGUACCCACCGACACCAAAUAUUCAUUAUCGGCGCUCAGCAUCCGGUUCUCUUCACCGUAUGUGAAGGGAAACCUUUCAGAAGCAGUCUCCCUGUGUCCAUCGCUCAGGAAAGUGGAAAUCAAGACGCCAGAUAGUUUUCGCAACAGGGAUCUACUAGAUUUAUUGCCAAUGGAGAAGCUCUGCGACCUCACCAUCUCUGGAACUCGAACAAGCCAGGUUUCAUUCGACGUAGGUGUGGCUCCACUACUCCGGAAAAGUUCCAUUGGAAAUUCGCUCAAGUCGCUGUCUCUUUGUAAUUUUUCUAAAGUCAACGUUCGCAUCAUCACCGAGCAUUGCCCCAAUUUGCGAUUUCUCAGUCUCGACAAGAAUGAGAGGCUUAUGGAAUUAUAUAACGCAGACGAGCGUCUAGCGUACCAGAGAAAUAACCAACUGGCCGCUCCUCAGAAACUAAAGAAACUCGAAACUUUGAAAAUUUGCAGCUGCAAUUGUGCUUCAAAUCUUUUGUUGCUCUUAUCGUCCCCUUCACUUGUAUCCGUUACACUCGAAAAUUGUUAUGCCUUAACCGACGACGUUCUACAAAAGGCCGCCGAUCUCGACACAUUCCAGAAUCUCGAGCAUUUCGAAGUUAUUUCGAAUCACAGAAUUAGUUUUCGAGGUAUCGAUGCUCUGAUGCGUGAAAACAAUCCCCUCAAAGUAAUCAAGUUGAAGGAUUGCAGCAAUGUGACGGACACAAAUUUGGAAGAUUGGAAACAGCUCAUCCGUGAUGAAAAUUGGCAACUAUCGAUAACUAAACAUGGGCGAUUCUAAAUUCAACUUGCUCACUAUUUUUGUGUCGAUUAUCUUAAAUUAUUAAUCUGGAUUUUGUCCCCUCUUUACUAUUUUCAAUAUGUAUUCAACCCUUUUAUUCGAAGAUGGUUCAAUAUUGAAAAACAGCCUCAUUACAUUCCUACUUUUGUUUUA